CUGGUUCUCCAGCAGCAGGGUGGGAAGCAGCUGCGGGGGGCUGCCUUGCAGGAUCAUGCCCCAAGUUCAGAGGUGCAAGGAGGGCAUGGCAGAGGAAGGGGGCGUCGCCUGUUGUUUAUCCCUGGUGCCUGGUCCGCUCAGAUAGACUGCCCCCGUACAGAGGAGCUCUAUGUUUCGCCAUCAUGGCACACCACCGCCUCCCUUGAACGCAUCAGGCGAUUUCUUCUUCUUUUUGCCUGGCUGCCCUCCAGACAGGGACUGGUUUCGCUUUUAGUAUCUUGAAGAGAUAAGUAAAGAACUGCCAAGUUGGUUCUGACUUCAGAGCUGGAAAAUGUCAGAAGAUGAGGAAAAGGUUAACCUGCGUCGCCUGGAGCCAGCUAUCCAGAAGUUUAUUAAGGUUGCCAUUCCAACAGAUCUGGAGAGGUUAAGAAAGCAUCAGAUAAAUAUCGAGAAGUAUCAGAGAUGCCGACUGUGGGACAGACUACAUGAAGAGCAUAUCAAUGCUGGCCGGACUGUCCAGCAAUUGCGAGCCAAUAUCCGAGAGAUGGAGAAACUCUGUUUACGGGUUCGCAAAGAAGACCUCCCGGCUCUGCAGAGGCUGAUCAGCCCGGUGAAGGAGGUGGCGUCGGUCGCUGUGAAGGAAUUCCUGCAGCUCCAUUCGGAGUCGGCAGAAGAACUGAAGAAGCAGCUGAGCGAGAGGGAGACGCCGCCGCUGCAGCUGCUGAUGACCAGAUCUACAACGCUAGGAGGAGAAACCUUCUAUGACGCUGGAGCAGAAGGAACCUCUCCAAGUUCUAGCCAGCUCUUUUCUCCACUCCCUGAAAUACCCCAGGAUCAAAACGCAGCAGAGUCAUGGGAGACACUGGAAGAGGACUUGAUUGAACUCAGCCAAUUAGUGACCGACUUCUCUCUGUUAGUUAACGCUCAGCAGGAGAAGGUGGACAGGAUUGAAGAGAACGUCGGCGCCGCCGUGGGGAAUGUUGAAGAGGGAACUAAGAAUCUGGGGAAGGCUGCAAAAUACAAGCUGGCCACUCUGCCCGUGGCAGGUGCCCUCAUUGGCGGAAUCGUGGGGGGUCCCAUCGGCCUCCUGGCAGGCUUCAAAGUGGCCGGAAUCGCAGCUGCCCUUGGCGGGGGCGUCCUGGGCUUCACCGGUGGGAAACUGAUGCAGAGGAAGAGAGAGAAGAGGAUUGAGGACCUCUCCUCCUCCAGCUGCCCGGACCUGCCAAGACAAGGUGAAGACAAGAAAUGCAGCUGAGCAGAGGUUCCCCGGAGCCCUCGUGUGGCAGGCCUCCAGCCCUCGCUCUAGAUUUAGCCUGGAGCUGUGUGAACUGACGUGAGGCCUGCUGCCUUUCCUGCUCGGGAAGGGGCGAAGGACCUCCUGACAGACUCUCCCGAAUUGAGGCAGGUCGUGCCAACCCAGAAUGACACUUUUCAGCAAAAAGGAAUAGCAAUGGAAAGUCGCCAGGUGUGUGCCAAAUGAACACCCUUAUUUUUUCGUACAAGAGUAAGGGUAUUGUAUUGCUCACAAGGGUAUUAUGUUGCUCACAAGAUGCCUUUUCCUGAUGAAACCAAAGGGAUGCGAAGAGCUUACUGGAGGAUGUGAAAGCUUUGGUGCCUAGAUGGUUCCUCUUUCCUCAGGCAAUUUAUUCUGCUCAAGUGCACAGAUGCCACCUGGUGUUACUUUUUCCGUCAUCGUCCUGCCAAGCUUGCAUAUAUCAGUGCGAGGGCAGCAGCAGAGGUGAAUCCCAGACAUUUUAGAUGCUGAUGUAGAUUCUCUGUCCUCCUGGCUUUUAUAUAAAUCCUCAGGAAAAUAGGUGAUGUCCACGCACUCCUUUCCCCAGCAUUCCUUGUUGUUCCCCCAAAUCUUAAUUAUAUGGACUUUAAGGCUAGGCUCUGACUCUCUUAUUAAAGUGACCUUUCAAGGAAGAAACAAGUCACAAGACUGCAUAAACUUCACCAAUUUCAGCCUGUUUUCAAGGCUGUUUCAUACAGGCCAAGCUUCGUGUUCAAAGUAUAUUGGACUGGAUGUUGAUUUUCUCCAAACCUUCUUUUUAAAAAUUUUUUCCCACCAACUGAACAGCAGCAGGAGAAAAUUAAAGAUCAUACAGAGAUGAUGCCAUCUCAAACCUCUUCAUUCUGUACCUGGGCAUGUUUGUCACGAGGUUUAAAUAUCAUUUUUCCCCCGGGUGUAUUGGGGGUUCUAAAUAAGAAGCCCUUAAAAAAAAAAGGAGUUCUAAGACAAGCGUUACCUCUUUAGAAGUCAUCCCAUUUCCCCCUCACACAGAAAGUACCCACACACUAAAUCUAAAGACCUUGUCAGCAUCUUUUGAGGGAUUGUGGUAAUCCCAUCCUAGGAUGUCAGCAAGCUCCAUGCAGCUCUGGAGGGCUGGACCUGGAGCGGCUUGCUCUUUCAGAAGAGUUCUUUGGCGGUUCAGGACUCUUGAGAAGCCCGGAGGGCAUGUUUGGCUGAGGAGGCUGCUAGCAAGGCUGGUGGCGACCCUGAUGGUGGCUUUUGGCUUAGCCGUUUUCUCGCUUCCCGAAGAGAUGAGGCGUUGGGGAGCGGCUCUCAUCACCCGGAGGAGCUCUGCUGACCAGGACUGCAAAAGGCGGAAUAAAACCGAAUCGGGUUCAAUCCUGAGAGCCGUGGAGCUCUGCUGUUGCACCGCGUUGCUUUCUGUUUCGCUUUGCUGCGUCCCUCAUGCCUGUUUUGGUCGGUCUUUGCCACCUGCUGUGCAACACCAACGCAAGUCCCGAUUUUCUUUGCAGCUUCUUUCUUGAGGUGUCCUUCCAUUAGGGAAUCGUUUGGUUCGGUUUCAUCUGACGUCACGUCGUCUCCAUGGUGUUGCUCCACUGUGAAUCCCGAGUUAUGACUUCCAGAUGUGAACACACAACGAGAAGGGUGGAUUGAACGCUGCUGCUAUUCUGAGGUGGUCUUGGGACAUCAUCAUCUUUUUGACCUGGUUAUAUAAAGCCACACCGAAGAAUCUUGUUUGAGUGAAAUAUUGAUGCAAAACCAGGGAAGAAUCUGUAAUAUGGCGCCCACUACUGCAGAGGUUCUCAGCCUUGGGUCCCCAGAUGUUGCUGGACUACAACUCCCAUCAUCCCCUGCCGCAAUGGCCUUUGCCGAUGGGAGUUGCCAUCCCCAGGAGAUGAUGGGAGUUGUAGUCUAGCAACAUCUGGGGGCCCAAGGUUGAGAACUCCUCAACUUAAUGGCUUUGGACUGCUGCUCCACCAAAACAGAUGGGGUUUGGGAAAUGCUUUGGGAGGGCUGGUGUUGUGGCUUUGUGUGUGGUGUGCCGCCUCUUCAGUCGACCACAAGACUGUUGAAUAAAUGUUGCCGGUGAGGA